CUGAAAAUGUCUGAGACGGGGGCUCACGGCUGACACACACACUGCUGGGGUCCCUGAACCCCCAUGAGAGGAACCACGGACACACACACCGGUGUGGAGUCUGGCACUGCUGCCGCUGGUCUAUUGGGCGCAGGCGUGGACGGGUCGCUGUUUUACCGUGAGCUGUGGUUCAUCGUGCUGAUGGCCGGAGUGGCGCUCCUGCUGCUGGCGGUUUUUCUGGCUGUGGUUUUACAGAAGGCUCUAAACCGACCACCGCUCAGCCGAGAGCGCCCGCCACUCAUCCCGCUGCCGCUUCAGCGCCGCAGCCCGCCCGGAAACUCAUACCUGUUCGACUCUGUUCCAGAAACGGUGGGUUCUCCAAACACCGUCACUCUGAAGGCGUACACCAUGCACAUGGAGGAGGUGGUGGAGAGUAAGGUGUUGGAGGAGGUCGGCUCUGCUGAAGGUGAGGGCGGUGUACUGACCGUCUCAGGUCUGUUUACACAGAAUCCUCUGCAGCGCAGCGUCAGUCAGAUCAUUGAUAAGAAAGAGGAGGAAUCAUGGGAGCCGCACUUCAGACGUCUGGACAGUGGCCUGUUUGAAGGCGAGGAGUUUGUGGAAACGAUUAAAGGCUUCAGCACCGUGAGGAAAGAGCACACCAUGUUCACAGACACCAAUCUCUGACCUUUACCAUCAUCAUCAUCAUCAUCAUCACUGUCUUCAAUAAUCAGCCGAAGCAUUUUAGUUUGUACUAUAAACUCAUCUCAGAGAAGAAAACUGGAUUAUGCAGAGAAUAAAAGAAACAUAAAACAUUCAUAUCUAGAUGGAUAUAUUGACUGUAUAUAAGGUCAGUGAGACGCUGAAAUACUUGUGAAUGACUGUUUUAAAUGAAAUCUUGCUAAAUCUUUUUGUUUUUUUUAAACAAACUUGUAAUUUUAUUGCAAAUCUAAUGUUCUUGUAUUGUGGUGCA